AUGCGAGAAGUAUGUGUACCUAUGUACUUUGUACCAGGACUUCCUCCAUCAGAGGAAGUAGAGUAUGGAAGGUACUCAUACAGUAUGAAGUCUUUUCGACAUGCUAAUGUUGAAAUCUAUUCAAUUCCACUGUGGCACCUGACACAGCCAGGGCCACACAGCAACGACUUCUGGCUGAAGAGGUUCCCAAAAAAGCUUCGAUAUCCACUAUUAGUGCCUGGCUCAGAUGAUACAGCUAUUGGAUGGGGUAUAAGACUAAAUGAGAAGUUGGACUUGUCCCAUUUUCUGUAUAUCAUUCUCUUGACAUGCAUAGCAAUCACUGCGAUUGUGGUCAUAUAUGCAAUAGCAGCCUCAGACGCAGCUUCGGCCUUUGGAUUGGGUGCGGUAAUAGCUGCACUCGCUGCGAUAUGGAUUCCGUAUCAAUACUUUUGCUGGUUAGAGAGGGUAUGCUAG